AUGUCAGGACUCACACCUUCUCUUCUGGCGGUGACACGUCGACGUGCACCUGGAGCAAUUCACUUUGUGCGCAAAGUUUCAACGAGCGAGCAGUCACGUGAGAGGGAAAUCGACAUCAUUCGCCGCCUCCGUAAGCAAGAGCGCAUCAUCAAAGUAACUCUUGAGGCCGACAUCAACGACUUCUUGCAGCGAUUGGGGCUUCUGUACAAGCCGAAAUCUGCGCUCGAUGAAGCUGUUCAAACAGCUCUGCGACAGAACAAGUACAUAUCCACAGAACGUCAGAUGCACGCCGAGACCAUGUCUGGCCUUGGUACCGAAAUCAGCGAUCAUUUUGAUGAAUUCAAGAAGCAUCUCAAAGAUUUCGAAGAAGAACCGUAUCCUGAAUGGCAGCCUGGAGAUUCUGAUAUCUUUCUUCGUCGACUAGACAAUCCUCGACACAAGCACGAGCACUUGGAAGCCGACAUGAACACAAAAGCAAAGGAUGUCGGCCGGUUGCUCGACAAGGCUGAUAAACAUCAUGAAUCCUUGUUAAAAGUUCGAGAUGUCAUGCGCGAGAAAGGCGUCAAAGCCGCCGAAGCUCUUGCGGACAAAAUCGUAGAUUCCCACUCCUUCGACUCUGCUCCUAUAGAUGCUCCUCUGGACCCGGUCGACCUUGACGCCAUAGAUGAGGACACCCCAACUAUCCGAAACUCGCCUCUCAAAGAAAUCCAGUCUGAUCUGUCCGUCAUGCAACACACUUCGAGCACUUUGAUCAACCCGAUAGCAAGUGGAUGCACUGUGCUACCCAGGAUAACGGUCGAGGAAUUCAAAGUCAUCCGCAGAUGUGUUAGGAGCCCCAAGGACGGCAGCACACAGAGUUUGAUCGUCCUAGAUUCCCACGGCGAUUCACGGUGA